GGGAGCUGAAUUGAUUAGCUGCUCUGUCGGUAUUGGCCGGUCUGGGAUGGAUGAAUGGCGCCCGGUCAGAAGUCACGGAGGGGUUGCGGGGUCACCGCCGAUGAAAGGAUGGGGGGCGGGGGCUCCAGCCUGGAGACCGGCUGCUGGUGUAAGGUGACGUCACGGUGCGAUCACUGCGCUUUCCCACCUGAGCGCGGCAGCGAGAGCUGCGCGUGCACGAUUCCGCGCGGUAAAGUGACCCACGUCUAGACACGAAGGGCGCAAACAGCCGUGUUUUCUAGAGACGCGAAGCGACACGCCCCCUGCGACGUUUGCGCCCUCCGAACUGCUUUUCGCAGUUUCACUCUAAUUGGCGCAAAGAGAAACACAUGGGAGCAUAAAUGUGCUUAGAAUAGACCCCUCAAGGGUUUGUUGAGUAGGAUAAUUGAUAAAAAGCAACAACUCGUCAAAAAGCGCCAGUUUCUCGGAAUGCCUGGCUCCGCGCGGAUGUUGGAACAGCUUGCAGCCACUGCCGUGUCGUUUUCUUUGAUGUUUUUACGAUGUUUGUCCAGUUGCGCCUUGCAUGGUGCGCCUUCAUAAAGUCUCAGACACUGUUCGUCCGGGGGGGCGGUCAGAGGACCCUCUCCACCUCCUCUCACCCUGAAAGGCUGCGUCUGCAUCCACCCCGCUCUUUGUGCGCCUCCGCUCGCUCAUGUCUCUCCUUCGCCGCCUGUAGAUUUUCUGGUUCUCCAACGGAAAAUCUUUGCAAUCAUUUGACGUAAAACAACAACCAAACAACAAACAUUUGUUUCGCUAAAAGAGCAGCGCGCGUGGACUUCCCUUGGUUGCGUGGAACUCCGCUCUGCGUAAAAGCGACUGGAUUUACGCACGAGACGGCCGAAGAUCCGGUUCGUCUUUUGGAUUUGUCUCCUGAUGACUUACAGGAAGGGAUGGACUCACUUAAAGGGCACCUAGAGGAAAAACGCAACCAUGUGUGAAAUCCCGCUUCAGCUCCAGGAUCAGAGAAACUCUGGCAGCACAACAGGAUGGGGUUACGCGCACAGCCCCAGGAAUCUGUGGGGAUGGACACGUGCCUGCUUGUUGGUUCUCCUGGUAGGGGAUUUUCUGGAAUUUUCUUCGUGCUCGAGCGAGGCAGGAGCCCAAGCUGCACACGAAGGAUUUUGUCCCAACAAGCUGAACUCCAACCUGUGGGUAGAUGCUCAGAGCACCUGCGAGAGGGAGUGCGGCACGGAUGAGGACUGUACUGACUUUGAGAAAUGCUGCACCAACGUGUGCGGCCUCAACAGUUGUGUUGCUGCUCGUUUCUCUGACGGCACCCCUGCUCAGCCCGACGGGAAGGAUGGUGGGACGGCGGCCCCCAACUCCUCAGCCACCUGUGAGGGCUUCAUUUGCAGCCAGCAGGGUGCAACCUGUGACAUCUGGGAUGGACAGCCCAUCUGCAAGUGCCAGGACCGCUGCGAGAAGGAGCCCAACUUUACCUGCGCAUCAGACGGUCUCACCUAUUUCAACCGCUGCUACAUGGACGCUGAGGCCUGCAUCCGGGGAGUGACCCUGACCGUCAUCCCCUGCCGAUUCUACCUGCCCGGCCCCCACACCAGCCCACUGCCCCAGGGCACUACAGCCUACCCAACCCCAACAUCCUCCCUAGAGGAUCCCAUGCCCCCCACGCUGUACACCAAUCCCCACCACCAGUCCAUCUACGUUGGAGGCACGGUCAGCUUCCACUGUGACGUGGUUGGAGUGCCCAGGCCUGACGUGACCUGGGAGAAGCAGAGUGAGCGACGUGAGCGUCUUGUCAUGAGGCCUGACCAAAUGUACGGCAACGUGGUCAUCACCAACAUCGGACAGCUGGUCAUUUACAAUGCCCAGGUGUGGGACACGGGCAUCUACACCUGCAUUGCCCGGAACUCUGUUGGAGCACUUCGUGCAGACUAUCCACUGUCUGUCAUCCGCCGGGCUGAGGAUGAUUUUUCUGAGGAUCCAGAGAUGCCCAUGGGCCGGCCCUUUUCCCCGGCAGACUGCUUGGCUGAAGUGGACCUGAGGGUGUGCAGCGCGGAGCGUCACGUGGACUGGUACUACGAUAGCAAGCUGGGCUCCUGCGUGACCUUCAGCAACGGGGGCUGCGAUGACAGCCGCAACCGGUUUGAGACCUACGAAGAGUGCAAAGCGUCCUGCCAGAGGGAGGGGAUGGGAAUAUGCUCCCUGCCCGCUGUUCAGGGUCCCUGCAAAGCCUGGGAGGCCCGGUGGGCCUGGAAUUCCAUGUUGAAGGAAUGUCAGCCGUUUGCAUUUGGUGGCUGCCAAGGGAACGCCAACAACUUCCACACCAAGAAAGAAUGCGAAGCAAACUGUCCCCAGCCCAAGAGGAGACCCUGCAGGACAUGUCGGAUGAAGGGGAAAAUUAUCUCCAGCUUGUGCCGCAGCGACUUCGCCAUUGUGGGCCGGCUGACAGAGCUGGUGGAGGACCUGAACUCUGGGCUGGCUCGCUUCAGCUUGGAUGAAGUCCUGAAAGAUGAGAAGAUGGGCUUGACCUUCUUCAACACUAAAAAUCUGGAGGUGACCAUCACCACGAUGGACUGGAGUUGUCCCUGCCCCAACAUCACGGUGGAGGAGAACCCUCUGCUGGUGAUGGGCCUGGUGCAUGACGGCAUGGCCAUCAUUCAGACGGACAGCUACGUCAAAGCCAUAACAGAACGCAGGCUGCGACGGCUGCGCGCUGCUCUGCACAAGAAGCCAUGCGAGCCUGUCCAAAGCCUGGGAAAGACCAGCGGUCCCACAGAACACUAAAAUAUUACAUUUAUUUGUUUUUGUUUAGCAAAACCCACUUGAAAGUCGAUCAUCUGGUACAUUUAUUCAUCGCAAUUUCAACAAUAACAGUUACAAAUGGCUGCACGGUGGAGCAGUGGUUAGCGCUCUUGCCUCACAGCAUGAAGGCCCCGGUUCAAGUCCUGGCUGGGGGAGCUGAACCAGAACACCAAUGGGGGACCUUUGUGUGUGGAGUUUGCAUGUUCUCCCCGUGCAUGCGUGGGUUCUCUCCGGCUUCCUCCCACGUCCAAAACAUGCUUCAUAGGUUAAUUGGUCAACUAGGUGAGAGUGCGUGGGUGUGUGCGUGCGGACACUCUAGCCUGCGACAGACUGGCGACCUGUCCAGGGCGUCACCUGCCUUCGCCCAGAAGUGGCCAGGAUAGGCUCCAGCAGCCCCGUGACCCCCAAAGAGAAUAAACGGUAGAAGAUGAACCGUUACAAUUUUAAAACUACGUUAUUUAGCCUAAAAAGUAAAGAAAAAUAAUGUAAAAAUGCUUAAAGUCCCACUCAGAUUAUCUUUUGAAUCUGAUUGCAAAGGGUUCACAGCGGUCUUUUGAUUAUUACGCCAACGCCUGUGUUUUUUUGGGAGAAAUGUCUGCAGAGCGGCAGGAGUUUAUCAGAAGUUGUGGGGGGGACUUUUGGUGAAGAGUUCUCUUUUUCUCCCACAAUUUUCCCUGGAGUGGGUCUUUAACAUCUUUAGGUUAAUGAGCCACAGACUAAUAAAUGGUAAUUUAAUGUUUUUAACCCUGCUUGAUUAAAGAAGCCCCUCUUUUA